AUGAGCGAAGCCCGCCGUUCCCAGAGGCUGUCGACAGACUUCAGCAUUGCCCGGAUCCUCGCCGCCGACGAACCCUGCUCCACCUCCUCGACGUCGUCCUCUUCCGGGGGUAGCCGCGUCCCGCAGUUGCCGAGUAGUUGCCCCUGCUGUCCAACCCCGCUUUCCGCACCCUUCGUCGUCGCCGUUCCCGAGCAGAGGGAAACCGGUGCGGAAUGCCCGUCGCCGCCUCAGCCAUCAGAUUCCGGAACGAACGCCGGCGCCGUUGCUCAGGAUAAUUCGGAGAGGAACGACCUGCCCUGGCUCCACUGCACCAGAUACCGACCACCCAGGCUACCGAAGAGGUCGACGGCCGGGAAAACGUCCAAGAGACGACCCGGGAAACAUCCAAGGAUACCUUUCACCGCCUUCCAACUACAAAUUCUCGAAGACAAGUACAGCAAGGGCGCGUACCUCGCCAGAAGAGACGUUCUACAACUUUCCACGGUACUCAGGCUUCCUCAGAGUAGAGUAAAAAUUUGGUUUCAAAAUCGACGUGCACGAGAACGACGAGAAUCAUUGCAAUCGAGGAACGACGUUCCGAAGUCCGCUAAGAGUCCGAGUAACGUUCAAAUCUAAAGAAUCAAAUUUUUUAAAAAUAAGGAAAGCAAAACCGAACGCAAAUUUUGAGGUAACACUAACUCGAUCGGAAAAAAAAGAAAAUAAUACGCUGAACCCGUAAACUUUAUUGUAGUAUCAUUAAUAUUUAUUAUUAGCUUGAAGAUAGCUUAUAUCAUUCAAUUACUGUAUCUUUAGGAAAUAGCGGAUUGGAGUGGAUAUGAGAGAAAAAAUAAAUAAACUCGACGCAAUUAUGUUACAUUGGUAAUAUUAAUCUUAAUACUUAUUAAAUAUUUGUAUAGUUACAAUUCAAUUAAUAUUGUUUAUAAUAAAAUGAUGCUUCAAUACUAAUUGAAUUACGAAGAGAUAGCGAAUAAAACGUAGCAUGAACCAACAACAUGAUUGUUCAUUGGUUCUCAAUUUCGGAUAAGCAAAGCUUGUGCCUUCUGCCCCUUGAAUUCAAUUUUUAUUUAUAGAUACAUAUUCAGCAAAUUAUUUUCGUCUUUUCUGUGCUUAACGGAUCUCAUUGAAAUUUGAAGGAGAACGAGCCGAGUAACGGGUUUUGAUACGAAAAGUACUUAUACAGAAAUAA